AUGGUUAAAGUGGAGAAAGGCCCAUGCCGGCCUAAGGGUCCUACCACUGUCGCGCCCUCGAGAAGUGGCUCAACACAAAAUAUGUCCGCUAAUGUUAAAGUUGUCGUGAGGGUACGACCAUUAAAUGCAAGAGAAUUGGAGCAAAACAGUCGAAUUGUUGUAGAUGUUGUUGACGAUAAGAUGCUGGUGUUUGACCCUAAGGAGGAGAUAAGACCAUUUUUCUACCAUGGCGUACAACAGCCAAAUAAAAACUUCCUAAAACGAGCAAACAAGGAACUUAAAUUUGUGUUUGAUCAUGUCUGCGGCCAAAAUGCUACGAAUAAAGAUGUUUUCGAAACCACGACCAAAGAUAUCCUUGCUUCACUAAUGGAAGGUUACAACUGUUCAGUGUUUGUGUAUGGUGCAACAGGUGCUGGGAAGACAUUCACAAUGAUUGGAAGUGAGGACCAUCCAGGAAUAACUUACUUAACGAUGGAGCAUCUUUUCUACACUAUAAACUCUUUUGAAAAGGACAGAGAAUUUGAUAUUGGUGUUUCAUACAUUGAAGUAUAUAAUGAAAAUGUUUAUGACUUGCUUAAACCCUCCAACACACCACUUCAACUGCGAGAAGACUCGAAGUAUGGAGUCAUGGUCGCUGGUCUUACUUUGAACAACAUCAAGACUGCACGGGAACUGUUAAAUAUGCUAGAGAAUGGUAAUAAGAAUCGAACUCAGCAUCCCACUGAUGCCAAUGCUGAAAGCUCUAGGAGUCAUGCUGUUUUCCAGGUUUAUGUGAAAAUGAGAUACAAGACCAGCAGUCAAUUGCGAAUUGUUAAAUUAUCUAUGAUAGACUUAGCGGGAAGUGAACGGGCCUCCGCUACUGGUUGCAUUGGUGACCGUUUCAAAGAGGGAGCAAAUAUUAACAAAAGUUUACUGUCUCUUGGCAAUUGCAUCAAUAAAUUAGCAGAUGGCAGCAGCUAUAUACCAUAUAGAGAUUCAAAACUUACUCGCCUAUUAAAGGAUAGUCUCGGCGGUAACUGCAAGACCGUUAUGAUUGCCAACAUAUCUCCAUCCCACGCGAGUUACGAGGACACUUACAACACUCUGAAAUAUGCGGCAAGGGCAAAUAAAAUACAGCUGCACAUAAAGAAGAACAUAGUAGAUGGUGAUAUGAGGCUCUCCCAAUAUGUAAAGAUUAACGAAGAACUUAAGAAGAAGGUCAAAGAGCUUGAAGCCAAACUGUCUCUUUCAACUUUAAAGACUACAGUUAGAGAGGUGGACGCCGCUAAUGAGAAAGUGAAACUGGAAUGGCGGCGGCGCAUAACAGAAGCGGACUCCACCCACGGGACCCUGGAGAACGAGCUGCUAUCGCUGAUGGCGAGGCAGAGGGUGCUGGCGUUACGUCAUCGACUUCGCACUCGGGCCUUGAGCCACGUGGCAGACCUGGCUCACAGAUCUUCAUCGGAGGCGAUGGAGCAGAUGUGUACAGAAGAUAUCCCCCGACAAGAGAGGGCGGCGGAGAACUAUGAAAAGCAAUCUGUUCACUUGGACGCCAAUGUGAAGGUCGCUUGGACGAAAUGGGAUGAGAGCCGGAAGAAAAUGCAGAUCCUGUUCAACCAGGCACUUUCAGAGUGCCCAGAGCUCUUGGAUUUCGUUGAAAAGGUGCAGAUGCAAAGCGAAUUGCGGCUGAUCAGUGCUAGGGACAAUCUAAGGCACAAGUUGCUGUACAUUGAGAACGAGGAAAUAAACGCCUUCACUGAGUACAUGAGCGACAUGCCGAGCAUGCUUAAAAAGCUGUACCUGAUCCUGAAGGGCUACGAUAAGGCACCGCCGGCGCUGACAACGGAAUAUUUGGAGAUCAUGAGAAAAGCGAAGUCUGCCAAGAGCAUAACUUGGUCCGAUAGAGGCUUAGAAGGUGACGCUCACUUUAAGUUCGUGUCAACACUGGACCUGGAUAAGCCAACCGCCACCCUAGACUACAGUCACAGACGUGACCCUAACGUGACCGUUGACUUAGCUACCGACAGUGACGAACUCACCGAUCUCGAGAACCGUGACCCCUCGUUGAACUCAGCCAAGAAACGCAAAGGCACACCGAUCAAACUGCCGUGCAACGAAACGAUAAUCAUCAACGAUUCGUUAGAAAUGCUGGACACCACAAGGAACCUCAACUCGGCGAAGAAAAUCAAGAGGGAGUACGACGCCGCGCUUAAUGUGGAGAAUCUGCCGGUUGCGCCAGCGAUCGACCCGAACGAUCUAAAUUCGACCUUCGUCCUGACGGGCAAAAUGGAGAUACUGAAGAAACAGCUGCCAAUCAAGACUGAAACGUUGAAGACGGACGUCAACCUGCCAGUCAAGAGAGGGCUGGUGGAUAGGACCAACACUAUACACAGGACACUAACUUUUAAUGACAAAGCGGCCAAAAUCGUUAAGCCGGUGGUGGGAAAAGCGCUUCCUUUACGGCGAGCGCCUCCUGCAGUCGGAGCGGGCGUGCGCCCACAUCCGGGCUUCGGUUCCAGCCUGGCCAGAGACGGAACCCCCCUCCAGAGGAAUGUGCAAGUCGGUUACAAAGCGGUGAGGGCGCGCGAGAGGGUGCAGGCGCACCCCUACUCCAGGCCGGGCGCCCUCCCGGUCAGGCGGCAC